CGCGCGUGAUUCCCGCGCUGUCCGGAUCAUGGCGCUGAGCGUCCGCGGCCGCCCGAGCCGCAGUGCCCGGCUGAGAGGUCGGAAUGACAGCGGCGAGGAGAACGUUCCGCUGGACCUCAGCAGAGAACCCUCCGAGAACAUGAGGGAGAUCCUGCAGAACGUUUCUAAAUCACACGGGGUCUCCAACAUGAGGAAGCUGGGCCACCUCAACAACUUCAUUAAGCUGUUGAACAGUGUGGGUCAUCAUGAGGAGAAGUUUGGGUUUACUUAUGAGGAAAUAAUCAUCUGUCUGAGGCUGGCUCUGCUGAACGAGGUGAAGGAGGUUCGAGCUGCAGGUUUGAGGGCGUUCAGGUAUUUAAUUAGAGACAAGGCUGUCCUGCAGAAGCUCCUCCAGCUGCAGGUGGAUUACCUGAUCUCCAGGUGUAUAGAUAUCCAGCAGAGUAAUGAGGUGGAGAGGACGCAGGCACUCCGGUUGCUCCGAAAGAUAAUAGCGGUGGACGCUGCUCUCUUCCCCGGCUCGGUGACUAACUCUCUGGUUGCCGUGGGAAACGAUGGUUUGCACGAGGGCGACCGCAUGGUUCUGGCCUGUAACGCCAUUAUCUGUGAACUUGCGCUGAGGAACCCGGAGGUGGUGGCGGGUCGGGGGGGUCUCAGCACUCUGCUGAAGAACGUUCUGGACUCUCAGCAGAGCCGCAUCAACGAGGCUCUCAUUACCACUGUACUGCACCUGCUCAACCACCCACACACACGCCAAUACGUACGCUCAGACGUGGAGCUAGAGCAAAUUCUGGCUCCGUACACAGAUUUCCACUACAGACACAACCCAGACACAACAGAAGCUCAGCUGAAGAAGGAUCGCGAGGCUCGUUUUUUAGCCAGUAAAAUGGCCAUUGUUGCUUCCUUCCGCUCGUGGUCAGGUAUCAUUAACCUGUGUAAGGCGGGUAACUCAGGAAUCCAGUCUCUGAUUGGUCUGCUCUGUAUACCAAAUAUGGAAGUCAGGAAAGCCCUGUUGGAGGUGCUGUACGAAAUCUUCAGGCUGCCCGUUCCCAUGGUUACGACUGACUUUGAAGAAGCUCUUCAGAGCAUCGACCCCAGCAGGCUGCAGGACAGUUGGAGGCUGGGUGACGGGUUUGUUGCUGCCGAGGCCAAAGUCAUCCUUCCUCACAGAACCAGAUCACGGCCAGAUCUCAUGGAUAACUACUUGGCCCUGAUACUGUCCACCCUCAUUAAUAGCGGCCUCCUGGAGGGUCUGGUGGAGGUUGUGACGAGCAGUGAUGAUGAUCUCUCUGUGAGGGCCACCAUACUCCUAGGGGAGCUUCUGCACAUGGCCAGCUCGCUCCUCCCUCACUCCCACAGUCAUCACCUCCACUGUCUCCCGACCCUCAUCAACAUGGCGGCUUCCUUCGACAUCCCCCCUGAGAAACGGCUGCGAGCCAGUGCGGCGGUGAAUCAGCUGAAGCGUCUGCACGAGCUGAAGAAACGCAGCCCCAAACCACACAGCCUUUACCUCCAGCUCAUCCUGCAGCAGAGCUCCCACACACACACACACCGCUCACACAGAGACACACAAAGCUCCAAGGAUACUGAAGAUGCACUGAUAAUGAAUCUGAGGGACAGUCAGAUCCUCAACCACAAACAAAACCUGGACUGGAACUGGGUCCUCAUCUCUACUGUACUGAAGUGGCCGAACACGAACCUCAGGAACAACCGAGACGAACAAAUACACAAGUUUGUGCGCAGGUUGCUGUAUUUCUAUAAGCCCAGCAGUAAGCUGUACUGUGGUUUGGAUCUGGAGCAUCCUAAAGCCUCUCAGCUCACCACGGCCGGCUGCCUGCUGGUCCAGUUCCUGCUGGAGUCUGAGGAGGAGGGUCAGGUGUAUCUGGAGGAUCUGGUGAAGGACGUAGUUAAUUGGUUAAUCUCCUGUUCCGGGCUGAAGUCCGAGCGCAGUCUCCAGAGUAACGGGCUACUGAGCACGCUCAGUCAGCACUACUUCCUGUUCCUGGGUACGCUGUCAGCUCAGCCGCUGGGGGUGAAGACCAUGGAGAAGUGUGGAGUGUUUCAGUGUCUGUUAAGCCUGUGCUCUCUGAAGAACCAGGACGCUCUAUUAAAGCUGACCGUGUCCACGCUGGACUACAGCAGAGACGGACUGGCCCGGGUCAUUCUCUCCAAAAUCCUCACCGCCGGCUCUGACGUCUGCCGGCUGUACGCUACUAAGCACCUGCGGGUGCUGCUGAGGGCCAACGUGGAGUUCUUCAGUAACUGGGGCAUCGAGCUGCUGGCCAUCCAGCUCCACGACCUCAGCAAGGUCGUCUCCAUGGAGGCGCUGGACAUCCUGGACGAGGCCUGCGAGGAGAAGGCUAACCUGCAUGCACUUAUACACAUGAAACCUGCACUGACUCACCUGGGAGAUAAAGGACUACUGCUGCAGCUCAGAUUCCUGUCUAUUCCAAAAGGAUUCUCCUACCUGAAUGAGAGAGGAUACGUCAGCAAACAGCUGGAGAAAUGGAGUAAAGAGUAUAAUCUGAAGUAUGUGGACAUGGUGGAGGAGCUGAUGAAUGAAGCUCUGACUACGUAUCGUAAACCCGUCGACGGAGAUAACUACGUCCGCCGCACCAACCAGAGGUUACAGAGGCCGAACGUGUAUCUCCCGGUUCACCUGUACGGUCAGCUGGUGCACGAUAAGACCGGCUGUCUGCUGCUGGAGGCUCAGAACGUGGUUCCGGAUCUGAGCUACACGGUGCGUUCUCCGGUUCUAGAUACGUGUGAGGGAAUUAAACAGCUGAAGGCGGCGCUGUGGGCUCUGGGAAAUAUCGGCAGCUCUAACUGGGGAGUGAAUCUGCUGCAGGAGGAAAACAUAAUUUCAGAUAUCAUCACUUUAGCCCAACACUGUGAAGUGCUGUCUAUACGAGGGGUGUGUGUGUACGUGCUGGGGGUGAUCAGCCGGACUCGGCAGGGCAGUGAGGUUCUGAAGGUUCUGGGCUGGGACUCGGUUCGGCACGGGCGGAGGCAGCAGUGGCCGGUGGUGGAGGAACCGGAGGCGAGGCUACCGGGAGAACUGAGCUCCAUCCCGAGUACACUCAGCCUAAACUCAGAGUCCAACAGCUCCCAGAGAGAGAGCGAGAGCGAGAGCCAGCCCAGUCUGUAUUUCGUGGAUGAUGAGUGUGACGGGGUGGAGCGCUGUGAGGACGUGUCUCCGGUUGCACGUUCUAAACCAGUAAAGGACCGGAGUCCGUUCACCCUCCUGGCGUCGUCGCGCCUCGUCCGGAACCGGUUCCUGAACUCUCUCCCCCUGCCCAGCAUGAAGCCUCGCAGCACCAGCGACCCCAAACACAGCGGCGGGGGGAAGAAGUCCCCGGAGGAGCUGCAGCCGGGCGCCGUGCGGCGGAACCGCACCCUGACCGAACCCUCCAGCUACUCGCCGGGGCGCGCCGCACAGGGAGAGGUGUUCUACAACGGCAGCCGCUCGCCCCACAGCCCCGGCAUCAGCCUCGAGACCUCCUUCAUCAAUGCCAAGACCCUACAGGACGGAUACGCGGGGGGAGACGGGUCGGACACGGAGGUCAGAGCGUUUCCUAACUGCGUGAGAGGACUGGAGCUGGAGUUCAGGGGUCAGCGGAAGAUGAUGACCCUGGACGAAGUCUCUGAUGUGGAGAUCAAAGGGCAGCGGAAGGUGGUGACGGUGGAGGAAGGUCAGCGCGAGAGGAGGGCGUGCGACAGUUCGUCCACCGGGCUGCCAGGGGGCGCCGUGGCCUUAAAGAGCCGCAGCCAGAGCUUUAACACAGACACCACCACCAGCGGCAUCAGCUCCAUGAGCUCCUCGCCCUCCCGGGAGACUGCCUCCGCCGUCACCGUGGAUACAGACUGCGGCAGCAUCAGCACAGUGGUCAGCACCAGCGUGGGCAAGACUGAUACGGGCGGUGGCGUGUCUCUGGUUCCGCCGGGUUCUGCUCACACUCUGCCGCGGCGUGCGGUCUCUCUGCGUUCUCCAGCGUCGGUGAAGAGUCUGGUGGACUGCAGCGUGUUCAGCCCGCGGGACGCUCUGGGCUACGCUACGCUCAGACGCCUGCAGCAGCAGAGGAUCCACCCCUCCCUCUCCCACAGCGAGGCCCUCACCUCCCCCGCCAAGGACGUGCUGUUCACCGACGCCAUCACCAUGAAGACCCGCAGCCUGGACUCGCGGCUCCACGCCUCGCGCAGCAGAUUUCUGAAGGCUCUGAGCUUCGUGUCUCUGGAUAAGGAGGAUCUUCUGAGCCCCAUCAAUCACUCCACCCUGCACCGCUCCGCCUCCCUCCGCUCCAUGGUUUCUAGCGCCACCUACGGCUGCACUGACGAUUACAUCGGCGUCGCCCUGCCCGGCGACGUCACCGACCUCUUCCACAUUAACGAGAACUCUUACUUCCAGAAGAGGACGAGUCCACCAGUCGCGGAGAAAUCCGUGUUCUUCGGCGACUCUGACGGGUUGAUGGACAGCUGUCGAGCUGCUCUGAAGCAGAGGGUCAGUAUAACGGAGCUGUUGAGCAGUACCCGGUCUGAGCAGCGCCGCCUGCUGGGUGGAGAGGAGAGUACAGGCCUGCAGCAGCACAACAACCAGAACUGCCUGUACUGCAGCGCCAUGCUCACCCUGGGAGAACACACACACACUCCUCUCAACAACGUCUACCUGCGCACAGAUCUCUCUGACGGGUUCUCCCACUGGCAGCCCAAACCCUCUCACACACACCUGGAGGUUCUGACCCAGUCUAAGUUCUCCGGGGUCUCGGGCUGCAGCGACGCCGCCGUGAGUCAGGGGUCCACCAGCAGCACCCCCAGCACUGAGAUACUGCUGGGGGGUAAGGGGAUCUCGGAGGAUGGGCCGGCGUGUAGAGUGCUGUUGAGGAAGGAGAUUGUGCGUCUGGUCAUCAACCUGAGCUCAUCAGUCGGUAACAAAGGAAACGAAACGGGCCUGCUAACGAUAAAGGAGAAGUUCCCGUGUGCGUUUGAUGAUGCGUGUUUGUACUCGGAGGUUUCCUUCCUGCUCUCCAGCUGCCGCUUCCGCCUCGCCUCCCGCCGCUUCAUCCAGGAGCUCUUCCAGGACGUCCAGUUCAUUCCGCUCUACAAUCAGGCUGAAGCUGUUCUGUCCAAACCCGUCAGAGCGUCCCGAGACGAGACUCCCGCCGAGUCCUGAGGGGGGCGGGGCUUCUGUAUCCUCCACCUCCUCCCUUCUUCCACCCUCCCUCCAUCCAUCCAUCCCUCCAUCUCUCCUUCCAUCCCUCUGCUCCUCCCUUCCUCCUCUAAUGCAGAAGGAGAAGCCGGUGGAGGAGGUGAUGGUUCUGGUUUGAUGUUGGAGAGGGAGAAAGUGAUGAGAAAGUGGUGAAAACGACUUGAUUUAUAAUGUUUUUAAGACGGACUCAGAACCGGCGUCUACAGCGCCACCUGCUGGACUGCACUGACCUCCUGCAGGAGAAGCGCGUCACCAAAUAAAUACGGUGGAGCCUGAGAACCUCGGGAGCAGGACAUUUACAGCCAGAACUGAUGGAGAGAUUCUCUCUCUCUUUUUAAAGAUUUUCCUGGUAGAGGCAGCACUGUGCUCAGAGGGUUUCUGAGGUGUUCCAAAAGGGGUUCUCGAGGUGUUCCUCAGCCCUGAAGCUCUAAAACACUAAAUCUGAAGACGGUCAGAACUUCUGCACCUUUGAUCAAUGACUCUCAGCCGUCAGAACAGCAAUCGUCUUUACUUUUAUUUAUUUUUCUCUCUUUACGCGAGUGUGUGUGAGAGCGUGAGCUUCAAUCAGACAAUCAGGUGCGAGUGUUUUAUUUCACAGAAGUACGUUCAGUCCAAUACACACACUUUACACACACACACACACACACACACACACAUUCUGCAUGUUAUUCACAACCAAACUCAUCUGAUUUAAACACUACAGGCCAAAAGCUUUUUUAUUAUUAUUUUUGUAUAUUAUUAUUAUUAUUAAUAAUAAAAUCAUAUUUAUCAUAAAUUUUAGGUUAUUCAUUUGAAAAUGAGUUUCCCCAUCUGUAAACCCUCUUUCUUAGUUUCAAUACAUACCAUUUGGCUCCACCCACUCAUUCAGCCUACAGCAGUUUAGCUCCACCCAUUCAUUAUUUCAGCCUAUUACUGUUUAUUAGUUUAAAAUACAGAAAAAUAUUAUUUUUAUGUCUAUUUCCAAACUUUUGGCCUGUGGUGCAGCUACUGCUGGAUUUACACACACACACACACACACACACACACACACACACACACACACACACACACACACACAGACACAACACACACAGCUUCCUGAGGGUUUUGCACAUGUACAGUGUGAGUAGUGGGACGUCAGGCUGUAUAUUAAAUUAUUGAUUUAUUGUUGUUUGUUAAAGUGACAGCUCUUCCCCAAAUCACUGCUAGGCUCCGCCCUCUCGAGGUGGGUCAGCUCAGUAAACACUCGCAUCACCAGCGGUCUGAGGAUACCAGCCUCUCUACAGGUCUGAUUAUACACGAUCAGAUCAUUUAUAUAAACUGAAUAUCAGAUCUCUCUGUAACGGGAGAUUCAGAUUCAGUUCAUUUUGGUACGAUUCAGUUUAAUUCAGUUUUGUUUUUAUAAUAAUAAUAAUUAUAUAAUUGUAAUAGAGCUGUGUAUUAGCAAGAAUCUGGCGAUAUAAUACACAUAAUACAUUUACAGUUUAAUUUAUUGUUAUAUAGAGUAUAUUGUGAUUCUUUAAAUCAAAUUUAAGAAAUAAAAACAGUUGUAGUAUUUAUAAAAUCUGAAUAGGAAAAGAAAAGUUUAUUUUUUAUCCAAUCAGAACAGUGGGAUCUAAACACAGGGCGGAGUUUAAGCAACACUAAAUGAACCACGUCUGACACCAAUCUUUACUAAUAAUUAAAAAUCAGUAGUGUGUUUUUGUAUAUCGAUAAAUAUCGAUUUUUUAAAAUCACAUUUUCAUUGAAAAGCAAGGUAAACUGGUUAGGUUCUAAAAGUUAUGUAAUUAUCAAAAAAGUGUCUAAAUGAGUUAAAACCUGCAAUAAAUCAACAGAACGCUGCAGCUCAGUGAUGUGAAGCUCGGAUCUAAAUAAACAGCGCCCCCCUGUGGAGAGUCUUCAACCUGCUAAACGUGAGAUAAUCCUGUCUUUAGUUAAUCAGUUUGAUUAGUUCGGUUCUGUAUUUAAUCCGUUCAGAGUUUAUUAUUUAGGUAGUUAGCUUCAUGUUUGGUUAGCUGGCUAGUUGUUUAGCCGGUUUGCUGAUUAGUUUGUUAGUUAGUUGAUUAAAUAUUUAGAUAAUUGAGUUUAUGAAUAAUAACUAUCUUUGUAAUAAAGUAACUUUCUAUCUCAGUUGCUCAUUGAAUAGCUGGUUAGUUUCUCACACAGUAAAUUAGCGGCUAGUUUAGUAGUGAAUUAGCUGUGUUGAGUAGCUAACCGUAUAAAUAGGAAGCUAGAUGUUUAGUUAGUUACUCAGUGUAGUUAAGUGUGGGUUGUUUAGUGUGAUAGUUAAUUUAGUUAAAUUUAGUUAAUUUAGUUAGUUUGGGUGUUUGAUUAGUUAUUUAGCUCUUUGAUUAUGUAGCUGUGGUUUUAGUUAGCCGUUUUUCUUGUCAGUUAGCGAGGUAAUAAAUUAGUUAGCUAGUUUUUUAGGUAAUUAGCCAGUUAAUAAAGCAGUUAUUAUUCUGCUAAACGCUCUGCUGAAGAUGAAGGUGAUGAUGAUGAUGAUCAGAUGAUCAGACCUGUAGAGCUGCUCCAUCACUGAACCUCUGCUGUGUUUUUACUGCUUUACUGAAAAACAACAGAAUUAUCAGAUUCUAACAGAGACCUGGUUUCCUCAAACUGCUGCUGCUAAUGGAGUGUGUGCGCGUGUGCGUGCGUGUAUAUAAUGUGUGUGUGUGGGAGAUGAUAUUAAGAAAUACUCCGUAAUAGCCCACUCUGUUCCUCACUGUGUCUAAAGGAUGAGAUCAGACCAAAUCCGAUUUCUAUCAUAUGGAUAUUUGUGGAUGUUAAAAAGUCCACAGCAACCCAUAUACAGAUACCACAGAAACCCAUGCAGUUACCAAAGCAACCCACCCAGACACCACAGCAACCCAUACAGAUACUACAACACAUAUUAAUACCACAGCAACCCACACACAGAUACCACAGCAUCUCACACAGACACCACAGUAACAGUGUGGACAGUGAUCUGAUCUGAGGAACUGAUCCGGUUUACCUGCAGUCUGAACACAGGCUGAUCUGAAUGAGCGACCUGAGAGGGUGCACUGUGAGAUGGUGGUCAGCAGGGGGCGCAGCAGGCUGUUUGAGCGCAGGUAGACGCUGACAGUGUGGAUCUGUGUUGUAGAGUGGGACUGUGGGUAAUGUAGUGUUUGCUGAAAGUGGGAGGAGUUUCACUGCCAGGCUUUAAUCCUGUUUUAGAUUAAUUGCAUGAGAACUUCAGACUGAUGGGAGGACUAUUUUUCUACUGUGUGUGUAUAUGUGUUUGUGUGUGUGUGUGUUUUGCACCUUGUAUGAAAGCGGUGAGGUAAAAGAUAUUUAUAUUUUUCCUAAAGCUAAUGCACACUGUAAUAUAGAGCAGACUGACCUGAAUGCUAAUUACCCCUGUGUAGAGAGAGAGGGUGUGUGUGUGUGUGUGUGUGUGUGUGUGUGUGUGUGUGUGUGUGUGUGUGUGUGUGCGUACGUACAGACUGUGUACAGUGUGCUUUGGGGAGCAGUAAGAAAAAUACAGUCUCGUCAAAGGGAGUAUUAUUAUUAUUAUUAUUAUUAUUAUUAUUAUUAUUAAAGAAGGAAAUUGUUGAUCCCA